AUGGAGCAAGGAAAUUUAUUCGAUAAUAGGACUGAAAUUGACUCUUGGAACCCUGCAACAGGCCCACAAUUUCGACAAGUUCCACUUCUUGAAGAUACUGUAUUAAAACUUCCUGGAGGUUUUCCUAGCCUACAAACUUGGGAUCACAAUCAAAGUCGACCUACUUCACCUACAGGCUCCAACCAUACUCAAGUCUAUACCAAGAAUCAUCUAUAG